CCGUCCAAAGUGCGCUCGGGGAGAGGCGUUCCGAUCCCAGGGCCGGGAUGAGGACUGUGCGACUCCAUCCCCGCGCGCCUCUCUUCCCCCCACCGGCGAGACGGCGAGAGCCAUGGGCUACCCAGGGCCGCUCUACUCCCGCCUGUCGCGGGUCAAAGUGUCCAAUCCCGUGUUGCGAGAAGCUCUCGCGGAGUUCAUCGGCGUCUUUAUUCUAAUCCUGUUCGGCUGCGGUUCAGUGGCCCAGGUGCAUCUGAGCCGCCACUCCGCCGGGCAGACUCUUGGCAUCAACUUCGCCUUCGCCUUCGGGGUGGUCAUGGGGGCAUACCUCGCCUGGGGGAUCUCGGGUGCGCACCUGAACCCCGCCGUUUCGCUCUCCAUGUCGCUGCUCGGCCGCUUACCCUGGAGGAAGCUCCCCGCGUUCUGCCUCGCUCAGUUCCUCGGCUCGUUUUUGGCAGCUGCCACCGUCUACGGCCUCUACUACGAGGCCCUCAUGGCGUUCAACGGUGGGAACCUGACGGUGACCGGCCCCGGCGCCACGGCCGCAAUCUUCGCCACCUAUCCCUCUGAACACCUGUCCAUCGCCGGUGGCUUCUUUGACCAGUUGCUGGGCACGGCGGCGCUGCUGCUGUGCAUCAUGGCGCUCCUCGACUCCAAGAACAACGCCGUGCCGCGCGGCCUGGAGCCGCUACUCAUCGGCCUGGCGGUGUUCGGCAUCAGCCUCUCCAUGGCCUUCAACUCCGGGUGUGCCAUCAACCCCGCGCGAGACUUCGGCCCCCGCCUCUUCACUGCCAUGGCGGGAUACGGCAGAGAAGUGUUCACGGUGGGCCCCCACUGGUGGUGGGUCCCCAUCAUUGCCCCCCUCAUGGGGGGCCCGCUGGGUGCCCUGUGCUACAUAUUAUUCGUGGACCUGCAUCACCUCGCCCCGCCGGAGCUGCCCGCAAUAGUGCUGGAGCCGCUGGUGUCCGACGAGAACAACCACAGCAAGGGCAGCUACGUCACAGUGAAGACGGAGUAGCAGGCAUAGGCGGCUUGCCGGGCCGUGCCCAAGGUCACCAGUGACGACUCGUCGCGUAGGCCGCCCGUUUGCCUUGCAAAUCCGUGCUCAACGUGCACGGAGUUGCAUGGCAAACUAAGGGAGAAUUAUCAUUAGACCUCCAUUGCCAGUACCAAAAUAUAAGAAUAGGGUUUUUCCGUCCCUUGGUGUGGACCAAUCAGUUUCAAGGACAAUGCAUAUAU